AGUCCCCGCCCCGGCGGGCGCAGACGUUGCGCCCGCCCCGCUCCGCCUCCUGCGAGCCGGGGCGGCGCCGCUGCAGAGGGGCCGCGGGAGCAGGAACGGCAGCGGGAGCAGCAGCCGGAGGAGGCGGCGGGAGCUGCGCUGGCGGCGGGGCCGGUUUAUUCCAGAACUGAAAAAGCUUGAACAAUAUAUUUUCUCCAUGUUUGGAAAAAGAUAGUUGCUACAGACGAGGAGGAUAAUUGCAAAAAGAUGAGUAUGUUAAAACCAAGUGGGCUGAAGGCUCCUUCAAAGACCAUCAAGCACGGGAGUACCUUGCUCAAAACACCUGCACCUGUUGCUGCUGCUCCAGCAGAAAAACCAGCUCCCAGUGAGAAGACCUCCAGCACAGCCCCUGCCGAUGCACACGAGGAGUUUGUGGAUGAUUUCAGGGUCGGGGAGCGCGUGUGGGUCAAUGGAAACAAGCCCGGCUUCAUCCAGUUCCUGGGGGAAACGCAGUUCGCCCCGGGCCAGUGGGCAGGGAUUGUCCUGGACGAGCCCAUCGGGAAGAACGAUGGCUCCGUGGCUGGAGUUCGCUAUUUCCAGUGCGAGCCCCUGAGGGGAAUAUUCACAAGGCCAUCCAAACUGAGCAGGAAAGUGGUGACAGAGGACGAAGCCAACGGUACCCAGACAGCUCACGCUUCCAGAGCCACCUCCCCAACAUCCACAUCAGCUGCCAGUGCAGUGUCCUCAUCCACUGCUGCACUUCCCCCUUCGGGAAUUCCACAGAAAACCCACCUUGCUGCUAAGGAACAUGCAACUCCUUCUCAGAUUAGCAAUCUUUCCAAAACUGCCAGUGAAUCUAUAUCAAACCUCUCCGAAGCUGGAUCACUAAAGAAAGGAGAAAGGGAGCUCAAACUUGGAGAUCGAGUGCUGGUUGGAGGAACAAAAGCUGGAGUGGUGCGUUUUCUGGGAGAAACUGACUUUGCAAAAGGAGAAUGGUGUGGAGUGGAGCUGGAUGAGCCCCUGGGAAAAAAUGAUGGAGCUGUUGCUGGCACGAGGUAUUUCCAGUGCCAGCCCAAGUACGGCCUGUUCGCCCCGGUGCACAAGGUGACCAAGAUCGGCUUCCCCUCCACCACCCCGGCCAAGGCCAAGCCCGCGGUGCGCAAGGCGCUGCCCGCGCCCGGCUCGGCCCUGAGGCGCAGCCCCAGCGCCUCCUCGCUCAGCUCGCUCAGCUCCGUGGCCUCCUCCGUAAGCAGCAAGCCCAGCCGCACAGGACUCUUGACAGAAACCUCUUCCCGCUAUGCAAGAAAAAUUUCGGGCACCACAGCCCUCCAGGAGGCCCUGAAGGAGAAGCAGCAGCACAUUGAGCAGCUCCUGGCAGAAAGGGACCUGGAGAGGGCAGAAGUUGCAAAAGCAACGAGCCACGUCGGGGAGAUCGAGCAGGAGUUGGCUCUGGUUCGCGAUGGGCACGACCGGCACGUGCUGGAGAUGGAGGCAAAAAUGGACCAGCUCCGAGCCAUGGUGGAGGCAGCUGACAGGGAGAAAGUGGAGCUCCUCAAUCAGCUUGAGGAAGAGAAAAGGAAAGUUGAAGACCUUCAGUUCCGUGUGGAAGAAGAAUCCAUUACCAAAGGAGACCUAGAGCGAAAGAGGCAGAUUUCAGAAGACCCAGAAAAUACGCAGACCAAACUGGAGCAUGCCCGCAUUAAGGAGCUUGAACAGAGCCUGCUCUUUGAAAAGACCAAAGCUGACAAACUCCAGAGGGAGUUAGAAGACACUAGGGUGGCCACAGUGUCGGAAAAGUCCCGGAUCAUGGAGCUGGAGAGGGACCUGGCACUGAGGGUGAAGGAGGUGGCUGAGCUCCGAGGGAGGCUGGAUUCCAGCAAACACAUCGACGACGUGGACACUUCUCUCUCCUUGCUCCAAGAAAUCAGUUCUUUGCAAGAAAAAAUGGCAGCAGCUGGCAAAGAACACCAGAACGAGAUGAACUCGCUGAAAGAGAAGUUUGGCCUUAGUGAGGAAGCCUUGCAGAAAGAGAUCAAGUCCCUUUCAGCUUCAAAUGAGAGAAUGGCAAAGGAAAAUGAAUCCUUGAAAACCAAACUCGACCACGCCAACAAGGAGAAUUCCGACGUGAUUGAGCUGUGGAAGUCCAAGCUGGAAUCUGCAAUUGCCUCCCAUCAGCAAGCCAUGGAAGAGCUGAAAGUUUCUUUCAGCAAAGGUGUUGGGGCUCAGACAGCAGAAUUCGCUGAGUUGAAGACUCAGAUUGAGAAGAUGAAAUUAGACUAUGAGAAUGAAAUGGCAAAUCUAAAAGUGAAGCAGGAAAAUGAGAGAUCUCAUCACUUGAAAGAGAUCGAGUCACUGAAAGCAAAACUGGUGGCAGUCACGGAGGAGAAAGAGCAAAACCUGGAAAGCCUGAAGACCAAACUGGAAAGUGUGGAAGAUCAGCACCUAGUAGAAAUGGAAGACACUUUAAACAAAUUGCAGGAAGCUGAGAUAAAGGUAAAGGAGCUAGAGGUACUGCAAGCCAAGUACAAUGAACAAACCAAAGUUAUUGAUAGUCUUACACCACAGAUCAAAGCUGCUGAAGAAAAGCUUUUGGACCUUGCUGCACUUGAGAAAGCCAAUUCUGAAGGUAAAUUGGAAAUCGAGAAACUUAGCAAGCAGCUUGAGGCAGCUGAGAAACAAAUUCAGACUUUAGAGACUGAAAAGGGUGAUGGAAUUAGCCAGGCCAGUAAUCUGGCCAAAGAACUGCAGGGCAAAGAGCAAAAGCUUCUUGACUAUGAGAAAAACUUGAGUGCAGUAAAUCAAGUUAAAGAUUCUUUGGAAAAGGAACUUCAAGUUUUGAAAGAAAAAUUUACUAGUGCGGCUGACGAAGCAGAGAAUGUUCAACAAGCUAUGCAAGAAACGGUGAAGAAGCUGAACCAAAAAGAAGAGCAGUUUGCACUCAUGUCUUCAGAACUGGAGCAGCUCAAGUCUAGUUUGACUGAGAUGGAGAGGAAGCUGAGGGAGAGAGAAGAGAGGGAGCAGCAGCUGAUGGAAGCAAAAGCCAGACUUGAAAAUGACAUUGCAGAGAUCAUGAAGUCAUCAGGAGACAGCUCUGCCCAGCUCACAAGAAUGAACGAUGAGCUGAGGUUAAAAGAAAGGCAGUUGGAGCAAAUACAGCUCGAGCUUACAAAAGCAAAUGAAAAGGCUGCUCAGCUUGAGGAAAACGUGGAGCAGACAACACAGAAAGCUGAGCAGAGUCAGCAGGAAACUCUCAGGAUUCAUCAAGCAGAACUGAAAACUCUGCAGGAUCAUUUAACAGACAUGAAAAAGCAGAUUGAGAGCAGCCAACAUCAGUACAAAGAUCUUCAGGCAAAGCACGAGAAAGAAAUGUCCGAGCUGGUGGCUAAACACGAUGCAGAUGUCCAAGGGUUCAAGCAGAACCUGCUGGAUGCAGAGGAGGCACUGAAAAGUGCCCAGAGGAAAAACAGCGAGCUGGAGGCACAGGCUGAGGAGCUGCAGAAGCAAGCAGAGCAGGCCAGAUCCUUAAGCUCUGAGUUAGCCUCAUCCAGAAAAGAAAUCGAACAAUUGUCAGACAAGAUGAGGGCUUUGAUAUCAGAAAAAGAGACUUUGGCACAGGAGGGGAAUACUUUAAAAUUAGAGAGAGGUUCCUUGUUAUCAAAACUUAAAGAAUUGGAAUCAAAGAUUUCGUUAAUGCAACAAGACCAAGAAGAACUGAAGGCAGAAAAUAAAAGAAUCCUGAAGCAGAAGGAAGAAGCUGAGGCCAAAAGCCAGCAGGAGAGCACAGAAAAGGGAGCACUGGUUUCUGAGAAAAGCAAAUUACUCUCUGAACUCGAGGCAGUGCAGGCAAAGCUGCUGAAGGCAGCUCAGGAAAAUGAGGCUCUCCAGUCCUUGGAGUUAACCUUGUUCCAAAAGCUGGAGGAGCUUCAGGCCAGCAAAGAUGCCAUGGAUGUGGCGUGUCAGAAACAUGUCAAAGAAUGGGAAGAGCUGAAGAGUUAUCAGAAGAGACUUUUGGAAGAGAAAGAUGCAGCUCUAAAAGACAAAGAUGAUGUUAUCCAGAAGCUGGGAAGUUCUUGUGAGGCCCUGGCCAGAGACCAAAGGGAGCUCCAGCAACAAGUGUCAGCUCUGGCUGCAGAGAGAGUUUCAGCCCUAGGGGAGCUCUUGGCUCUUCAAGACAGACACAAAACCCUGGAAGAGGAGCUGGGCAGGGUCUCACUGGGCCAGCAGGAGGAGAAGGAGAUGCUCCUCAAAGGCACAGAAAAGCUGCAAGUGAGUUUAGACAAGGCAGUCAGUGAAAACCAAGUGUUAAAAGUGAGAGAAGAGGAGCUGCAAACCCAGCUCACCAAAGCCAUGAAAGACACCGAGGAGCUGCAGAAUUCCCUUGAGAACCUCACUUGUCUCCUUGAGGAAAUGAAAGCCUCAAGAGACACACUCACUUCAGAAUGUAAUCAGUUACAUCAAGAGAAAGAGGCUCUUUCCUCAUCAGAACAAAGGCUUUUGGCUGAAAGGGAGCAACUUCUCAAUGAAAAUAAGGCAACUGCUGAGAAGCUUGUGAAGGCCUCAGCACAUGCUGAGCUUUGUGAGAGAAUUUCCACUGAGAAAAUGAACAAGCUGACCUUGGAGAAGGAAUCUGUCCUUCAGAAGUUGUUGCAGUUUGAAAAGCACAAUGAAGGUCUUCUCCAAGAGAGGAAGGAAUUGGAGACAAAAUACUUGGAGCUUCUUGAGGAAACCAAGUCUUGUGCAAAGGCAGUUUCUGAUCUGAAGAGAGAACGUGAGCUGGACCUCUCGUCCAGGAAUGCUCUGGCUGAAGAGAAUGCCACACUCCGAGAUUCCAUUGAGGCCCUGAAGGGAGAACUCAGUAAGAAGACUGUAGAAAAUCAGGAGUUAAUGGCCAGUAAAUGUGACCUUUCCAAUCUUCUGAAGGAGGCCCAGGAUGCCAAAAGAGCAUUAGAAGGUGAGCUGGCUGCUGCGUCACACACCGAGCAGCUCCUGUCAUCCUCCUUGGACACCUGCUCCUUUGCCAGGGAAAUGCUGACCAGGGAGAGGGAUGAGCUGCAGGAGGAGUGUCAGAAAUUAAACAGAGAGGUUGCUCUUAUGAAAGAGUCCUUAACCUUGGAAAAGGAAGCUCAAAAACUGGACAAGAAAUCAUUUCUGCUGGGACGUACAGAACUUCAAAGGAACAUCUGCUGCUUGGAGAAGGAGCUAGAAGAGCUGAGAGCGAAAAAUAAAAUCCUGGCUGAGAAAACACUUUUCAAUGAGGAGAAAGAAAAAUGUGAAAUGAAACUGGUGGAACUAAUGAGAGAGGAACAAGUCAUCUGUGCAGAGAAAGAGCAUGUCACUGCCAACAUGAAGAGGCUGAAGAGUGACUUUGCUUCCGUGUCCAAAACAGCAGCAGAGUUCCGCGGCUUGCACAGCGGCAUCGCCAGGAAGAUGGAUGUGCUUGAGCACGAGAUGGAGCUGAUGGAGAAGGAGGGAAUUGAGUACCUUCAGGACCUGGACAGCCUGAGGAAUGAGCAGAAAACCCUGCUCAGGAGUCAGGAGGGACUAGUGAAGGAGAAGGGGAUAUUCUUCCAGGAUUAUUGCAGACGGUGUGAGGAGGUCAAACUUUUAGACCAAACUAACAGUGACCUCUCAGGCAAAUUGUUGGAGUCUCAGGGCCAAAAUCAGAUGCUGCAGGAGCAAAUGAACAAUCUGAUUUUGAAAGUAAAAGAACUUGAGACUCUCCAGGCCCAAGCAGUAGUACAGAAACCAGAGGUGGCCAAACUGGCAGAAGAUGUUUUCCAGGCAGUGGAGCAGGUGACCAAGGAGAAGGAUGCCAUUCACAAAGAGAAGAUUGAAACUUUGGCCUCUUUGGAGAACUCGAGACAGACAAACCAGAAGCUGCAAAAUGAAUUGGACAUGCUUAAACAAAACAACCUGAAAAACGAAGAGGAACUUAAUAAAUCAAAAGAGCUUCUAAAUCUGGAGAACAAGAAAGUGGAAGAACUUAAAAAAGAAUUCGAGGCGCUCAAGCUGGCAGCGGCUCACAAGUCCCAGCAGCUCGAGGCUCUGCAGGAGGAGAACGUGAAACUGGCCGAGGAGCUGGGCAGGAGCAGGGACGAGGUGUCCAGCCAGCACCACAAGCUGGAAGAGGAGAGAUCAGUACUCAAUAACCAGUUAUUAGAGAUGAAAAAGAGCUUACCCAGUAGCACUUUAAGAGAAUCAACUUUAAAAAAAGAAAUUGAUGAAGAGAGAGCAUCUUUACAGAAAUCCAUCAAUGUUACUAGUGCCUUGAUCACACAAAAAGAUGAGGAACUGGAAAAACUCAGGCAUGAGAUCACGGUGCUCCGCGGAGAAAACGCUUCUGCAAAAACCCUGCAGUCAGUGGUGAAGUCACUGGAGUCUGACAAACUGAAACUUGAGGAAAAGGUGAAGGACUUGGAGCAAAAACUCAAGGAAAACAACGAGCAGCCUUUACCUGUAAUGAGCCCCUCAGGUGAUGCUGUUACUCUGAUUCAGGAGGAAAUUGCAAGAGAGAAGCAGGGCGAGAUCGACUUCCUGAAUUCAGUGAUAGUGGAUCUGCAGAGGAGAAAUGAAGAGCUGAACUUGAAGAUACAAAGAAUGUGUGAAGCAGCCCUCAAUGGCAACGAAGAGGAGAUAAAUAACUAUGACAGUGAGGAGGAGAGCCUGUCCAAGAAGAAGCCGCGACUCUUCUGCGACAUCUGCGGCUGCUUCGACCUGCACGACACCGAGGACUGCCCGACGCAGGCUCAGGCGCCGGAGGAGCCGCCGCACUCGGCGCACCACGGCAGCCGCCGCGGGGAGCGGCCCUACUGCGACACCUGCGAGGUGUUCGGCCACUGGACGGCCGAGUGCAACGACGACGAGACCUUCUGAGGGCACAGCCCCGCUCUGCUCCGCGGCCCGUGCCCGGCGCCGGGACAAGGGACAGCGCCUGCCCGCCCGCUCCGGGCCCCACGAGCAUCCACAUUUUGAUCUUCCACUAAUAAAGACCCCCCGUCCCUUUUUAACAAACUUCAGUGAAAGAUAAAUAAAUGAUUUAACAAUGACUUUAUGCUGUUUCUUCCCAGGUUUUGGGUUUGUCCUGCCCUUAACAGGAAAUGCCCCUGUGCUGUUGGAUCUGUUGGUGGGAAAACAUGUAUAGGAAUGAAGCACUAGAGUUCUAUUAAAGCUUAUUUAAAUACCUUAAAA